UAAACUCAAGAAAAUUAUACAUCCUGUAUCUAUUCAUAUGCACAGUGGCGAAAUUUGUCUGGAAUGUUUACUUAGUAUAUUUUAUUUGAAUUCACUUGGAUUCAGUUGUUAAUUUUUGCAAUUAUGUAUGAACAUUUUAUAUUGUCACCGCGUCACUGUGCUAGACUAUUUUCGAUACAGUACACUCGAAUCUGCCUAAUUCGAACAUUCGUUUGUUCGAACAAAUUACAUUCGUAGUAACUUAUCAAGAAAGUCUUUUAAUAACGCCCAGGGCGUAAAUACUAGAGAGGGCACUUUUUAUUUCCCGUGUUACCACUAAUGCUCUGUUUUGUUUUAAGUACUAGUUAUAAAGCAAUCUUGAAUGGCGGCUCAAAGGUUGUGUUCAGUUGGGAAGAAUGUGAUAAAGAGACAAUUACCAAGAACGUAUCCACAAUGGAAAACUGACCUUGGGAAAGAGAUCAUCAACGUGUUCGAAAAUAAUUCGAAAGUAUUGUUGCUUCAAUACAAUGCUUUGAAUUCCGACGAGUGGCAAGAUCUUCGGUAUGAUAUGAGAAAAGAGAACGCAAAGGUGAAAGUUUACCCCAACAAAAUCACUUGCAAGUUUUUGUCGGAUACUGUGUACUCCAAUUUGACUAUUUUAUUUCGAUCGGAAACAUGCAUUGCGUACGGAGACGGCAUGAAUCUAAAAAACAUUGUUCGAAUACUCAAUACCAACCCGAAAACGGAACUUAUCGGCGCGAAAAUUGACAAUACACUAAUGAACAAGCAACAAAUUGUAGACUACUCAAAGUUACCGUCAUUGGAUCAAUGUCGGUCAGAACUCGUGCAAAUUUUAUCACAGCCUUCGAAGAAGUUGUCUCAGUUACUACAAACGAACCAGUCGUAUUUAUCGAUGUCACUAGCUCAAUAUAUGAAGCAACUCGAAGAAUCUUGACGAUAAAAAUUUCUCGUCAAAUGUAAUUCACCCAAGCAAAAAUGAUUUUGUAGAGUACUACUUUUAAAACUUAUCCUUGUGGAUUGAUAUUUUCUUAUAUAACAGCAUAUUUCAAUAUCUUUGUUUGAAAAAGAAUGACACCAAAUAA